CGACUAUUUUGUCGGUUUGAGAGUUAACAUAAGUCACCGGAGUGGGCGGGGCUUGGUCUGAGACGUCGGAAAUUGGGGUCUAAUUUGAUCGCUUCAAUCGAAUUAAAUUAUACAAUUGCAAAUGACGAGACAUAUGAGAAGAAAAACAACACAUUUUUAUUAAAGCAAAAGAAUUAUUAGCUUGAAAUAUUAUAAAACAUAGAACAGUCGUAGGGUUGGGGUCUUGAUGUUUUGGACAGCCAGCCGUCCAUUCAUGAUCAUCAUGCUGCUGCUGAUAUGUAUGCUGUCGUUAUUCGUACACGGUGCAUAUCGCGGUACGCAGUGUGCAGUUGUAACGUGCGCAUCCGAAUCUGUCAUGGACGAGAAAAUAUCACGCAGAAAUUCCACCAUCAGCCCUUGUCAGGGGAAGUAAUCCAGCAUCCAACGAUUUCCUGCCUAGCUCCCAUUCAGCAUUGCAUGCAUAGCUCAUCAGUCACAUAUUGAAGACAGAUCCAAAAACCAGCAUCAAAAAAGAAUCAGGCUUAAGAUUUCAAGAAGUUGCACCGGCACUGCUGUGAUAAUACACAGCACAAUGGCAGAUCCAGAGAACAACAUCGUCCGUGAGUGGCUUCGAACCCUAGACCUGUCCCACCACUUGGAUGAUUUCAUUGACAAUGGCUAUGACGAUCUGGAGACCUGCAAGCAGAUCGGGGAAGAGGACAUGGACGCCAUUGGGGUCCAAGACCCGCAUCAGCGGGAAGAACUCCGUCAAGCGGUGGCACGCCUUAAACAGGAAGGCGGUACCGCUGUCUACUUCACCCUUAUGGGUCCCGAGACUGACUAUGUUUACGAAGAAGAUGUCUCGAUGGACUAUGGGUACGCUGAGGACGAAGACGAGAAGGUCCACUCUCUACUAAACGGUGGCAGAAGUGGGAUCUGCAACUGCAGGAACUGCGAGUGCCUCCAAGAGAACCACUUUGAUGUCCAUCCCCAGUGCUACCUGGACCGGCACCAGUGGAAGUGGACAGAGCAGAACUUGAGGCGGGGUUCCUUUGAGAGCGCCGCAGAGUACCGGCGCAUGAUGUCGGAACACUCCAGCAACGAGGCACUGGUGACCAAGCCCCGAUCAGCCAGUGCCGUGGAACGUGGAGGCUUUGUGGAAGCCAUCGGGGGUAUGAGUCCGCACGAACAGCAACGGAGGAUGUUCUGCUCACUCAAGCUGGCACAGAUCAUUACGCUCAUUUGCAUAACAAUAACCGGCUUCAUUGACAAGUCCUUCAACCCAAAGCGGCUAUCCAGGUUCAUCAAAGUGCUCAUCCCUGUGCUGGCGUUAGCCGGCUACGACAGCAGGAUAAGCCGCAUCCUUCCGCAAACACGAAAAUUACCGUAA